AUAAAUCAUUUGAGAAACCCUAAUUUGCUGCAUUGGAGGCUCAGCUCGAACUCUUUGCGUCUUGAGAUCUUAGCACAAUGCCUUUCAAGAGAUAUGUGGAGAUUGGGAGAGUUGCUCUCGUGAAUUAUGGAAAAGAUUAUGGAAAGCUUGUUGUCAUUGUCGAUGUUAUCGAUCAGAAUCGGGCUUUGGUUGAUGCCCCUGAUAUGGUGAGAACUCAAAUGAAUUUCAAAAGACUGUCACUUACAGAUAUCAAGAUUGACAUCAAAAGGGGCCCCAAGAAGAAGACUCUUAUUGCUGCCAUGGAGGCUGCAGAUGUCAAGAACAAGUGGGAUAACAGCUCCUGGGGCAGGAAGCUGAUUGUGCAGAAGAGAAGGGCCUCACUCAAUGACUUUGACAGGUUCAAGCUUAUGUUGGCAAAGAUCAAGAGGGCUGGAACAAUCAGGAAAGAGCUUGCAAACCUGAAAAAGCAGAGUGCAGCUUGAGCCUCACAACUUAGGAACGCCUGUUUGAGAUUUUGAUUGUUUCUUGCACCAAAGUCUUCCCUGUAUUUUCAUAUAAUUACUAAAACCAUUUACUGGUGAAACCUGUAGUUGGGUUUCCUCUAGUGUUUUAUCAGAUGAAUAAUUUUGCUUUGUC